AUUAAAUAUUGGAUCUUCCCUUCCCGUCGUUACAACCCCGGUUGGAAUUAUUUGGACAAAACCCAGUAAUUUUCUGCCCAGAUUUGGAUGUGUUCCGAUGUUAGAAAGUGUUUGAAAUUUCACAUAGCUCUCAUCCUUGUGAUGCAUGCAGCGUUUUAAAGGGACAAGAUCUGCAAGGUGUCCUUCCUCCUUCUCUGGCGAAGUUACCCUUCUUGAAGACCAUCGAUCUCACUCGAAACUACUUGAGUGGUUCAAUUCCCCCAGAAUGGGCCUCUACCAAAUUGGAGUAUUUGUCGGUGGUUGUGAAUCGCUUGUCUGGACCGAUUCCAAAGUUCUUGGGGAAUAUGACUGCUCUUGCGUAUUUAAAUUUAGAGAACAAUAUGUUCAAUGGAACUGUUCCACCCGAGCUUGGGAAGCUUGCCAAUUUGCAGAAUCUCAUUCUCGGUGCUAAUAAUCUCACUGGGGAAUUGCCAAAAGAGCUUAAUGCUCUUACAAACUUGACAGAGCUAAGACUGAGCAGUAAUAUGUUCACUGGGAAAUUGCCCAACUUUCAGAGUUGGAAAAGUCUUCAACAAUUAGAGCUUCAAGCAAGUGGAUUUGAAGGACCCAUACCUUCAAGUAUUUCUGUAUUGACCGACAUGGUUGAACUUAGAAUAAGUGACCUGAAUGGCGGAGGUGCCUCCAGAUUUCCAGCAUUAAACAGCAUGACUGGCAUGAAAAAGUUGAUGUUGAAGGGCUGUAAUAUCUUUGGGAGGAUACCGGACUUGACUCAUAUGACGAACUUGCAAUAUUUGUAAUUUCUGCCACUUGAUUUUUCUUUCUUUCCUUAGUGAUUCAUUAUUAUAUUUAUGUUCCUUUGGGGGAAAUUCUAGACUGCCACUUGAAUACAUUUACAUUUCAAGAAUUUACUACUCCUUCCUUCCCAACAUUAAAGUUUCACUUUCCUUAUUUGGUGUCCCAAAAUUAAAAGUCUCAAUUCCAUUUUUGGAAUACCCAACUCACUUAAAAUACUGUAAUACAUCUACUUUUUUCCACUCACAUUUUUCUACCAACCCCCGUUUCUUUCCCAUCCUAAUUAACAUUUGGGCAGUGAUAGGUGCACCCGCUAAAAUACUAAAUACACCCUAUCAACUUCAUACAUCCCGUGAUGCAUAAUUGUGUUAUUUAAAAAAAAUUAUAUAAACUCUAUAGGUUUAA